UUUGAGCUAUCGAAGUUAGAGAUGGAUGCGAAUACUUGCGCAAAACUUAUUAUCUAUACUGAAAAAGAGUUGUCGAGUUACGGUAUGCAUAUAACUAAAAGCUUACGAAAGAAAUUCAACAGAAAAGCCAAAAUUGCUCGUUCCAUCCGUAUUAAAGCCGAUGAAGCCAAAUCAGUAUUUAUUCAUAAAUUGGAAAGUAAAAAAGAAGAAUUAGAUGAAAUCAAGGAAAAACUUGAUGAAAAAACCGAAAUAAUAAAUCGGAUUCGAACAAUUAAGACACUUAGUUCUUUGGCUUUGGUAUUUGCUCUACACCAAUUCAAACCUACACCCUCAAAUGUUAUGGAUGAGAUUGAUGCGGCCUUGGAUUUUUGCAAUGUGUCAAUCGUCGCCAACAUUAUUAAAGAAC